AUGACUAUCACAUCAGUGCAGACCCUCCUGCCCGGUCGCUUUGGGAUCAACUCGACGGAGAAAAGCGCCGCGAAGAAACCUCCAACGCUCUACAAUGCCCAAGACCACCCUUUCAAAGGCUACCAUCCGCCCCGAACGGAGGGCUACGAGCGGAGCAAAGCCAACCCGGACACAAGCGCUAUUGUGAUCGAUAAUGGCUCGAAUCUACUCAAGGCCGGUUGGUCGUUCGACGAAAACCCCCAGUUGAUUGUGCCCCCUGUGAUGAGUCGGUACCGGGACCGGAAACUGAACAAGGCCUGCCAAUUUCUUGGAUACGAUGCUUACGUGGAUGCUACGACGCGCGGUCAACUGCGCUACGCCUUCGACCCCGGCUCGAGUGUGGUUGGCAACUGGGAUGUCAUGGAGGGAUUGCUCGAUUAUACAUUUAUCAAGUUGGGAGUGGACGGAGCCAACGGCGGCGUCGACAGACCCAUCGUGAUGACGGAACCGAUCGCGAACCUCAAUUAUCCCAGACGAAUGAUGAAUGAGAUCCUGUUCGAGUGUUAUAGUGCGCCCUCCGUCGCGUACGGCAUCGACUCGCUCUUCUCGUACCGGUAUAAUCGCGGAACCGACGGCUUGAUCGUCUCCUCCUCCCAUACGUCGACGCACGUCAUCCCCGUUUUGAACAACAAGGCCUUGCUCUCGAACUGCUCCCGGCUGAACUGGGGCGGCAUGCAGGCCUCCGAGUACCUGUUGAAGCUGAUGAAGUUGAAAUACCCGACGUUCCCUGCGCGCAUGACGGAGGCCCAGAUGGAGGACCUCGUACACAAACAUUGCUACGUCUCGAAGGACUACGAUCGUGAGUUAAGCGGCUACCUGGACUGGACGGGUCUUGAGGAUAGAGACCAUGUGAUCCAAUACCCGUUCACGGAGCACGUGGUGCCAGAAAAGUCCGAGGAGGAGCUGGCGCGGAUCGCGGAGCGCAAGAAGGAGAGUGGACGCCGGCUACAAGAACAGGCCGCUAAGAUGCGCCUGGAGAAAUUGAUGAAGAAAGAGCAGGAGCUGGAAUACUAUAGGGAUCUACAGCGUGGACUUGCCACGGAGACCAAGAAAGAAAUGAGACGUAUCCUGGAAGCAGAGGAUUUGAAGGACGAGGCACACCUCGACCGACUGAUCCGGGACCUUGAAAAGUCCAUCAAGCGGUCUAGAAACCGUGACCUCGGGGUCGAGGAGGAGGAACCUACUGAAGAGAUGUCCUUCCCUUUGUUAGAUGUCCCCGACGAGGAACUGGACGAGGCUGGGUUGAAGGAGAAACGUCACCAGCGACUCAUGAAAUCCAAUGUCGAGGCCCGUCAACGCGCAAAGGCCGAGAAGGAGCGGGAGAAGGCCCGCCAGGAGGAAGAGGAGCGCCUCGAUCGAGAGAGGCGAGAGAACGAUUUUGACAACUGGCUCGCGGAAAGACGAGCAGCUCGCCAGAAUGUGCUACAAAAAAUCAAAGAGCGCGAUAGGCUGAAGGCAGACCUUGGCAACCGGAAAUCGCUUGCCAGCCAAAUGCGCAUGAAGACCCUCGCCAAUCUCGCCGCCGACGGUCCCAAAAAGCGAAGAAGAGGUGGCGAUGACGAUAACUUCGGUGCCAACGAUGAAGACUGGGGAGUCUACCGAACCGUUGCCACUGGCGAUCAAAGCGACGAGGAAGAAGAGGAAGACCUCGGAGGGGUGCUGAAUACGGUGGAGAAAGAGCUCCUUGAAUACGAUCCUGAUUUCACCGAGAACCACACCCUGGCCGCUCAGUCCGACUGGACCAAGAGCUUGGUGCACGUCUUCCUGCGCGGUCCCUGGCCUUUCGACCCUGAAAGCCAGCGUGAGGCUCAUCAGCUGCAUCUCAACGUCGAGCGCAUCCGGGUGCCUGAGAUUGUUUUCAAGCCGUCGAUCGCCGGCAUUGACCAGGCGGGCCUGAUUGAAGUUGCCGCGGACGUCGUUAACCAGCGGUUCUCCAACCCGGAGGACCAAGCCAAACUUCUACGCGACGUGUUCUUCACUGGAGGCAAUACCAUGUUCCAGAACUUCGACGAACGAUUCCGCAACGAUUUCCGGGCUUUCCUACCCGUUGACGCCGAGCUGAAUGUGCGUCGGGCCAAGGACCCAGUUCUCGAUGCCUGGAAGGGAGCCGCACAAUGGGCUUCAGGGUCUGACCUAGGCAAGUCGUCCGUCACCCGAGAAGAGUAUCUGGAGAAAGGCAGCGAGUAUAUCAAGGAACACGAUCUAGGGAACAUCACUUCAUGGUAG